UUUUAUGUCUAGUCAUUAUUUAAUAUCUACACAUACAAUCACUUCAUUGCUAACAUUUCUCAAAAGUACGAAGUCCACAAAACAGUUUAUGUCAUAAAAUCAGUCGUGAAUUUAUAAUCUGAGUCUAGGUACACCUAAUUCAUAAUUAGUCAAAGUUUCCAACCAAGCAGACUUAAUUUUAUAUUCCACAAAUUUCAUCAUGCCAAAAGCAGAUCUACUGAACCAAUUUAUAAAAACCUUGAAAGGAUUCGAUAAAGUAGUAAAAAAUGUUAAAUUCUUAAAAGGAGAUAAAGGAAAUUGCGUUGCGACGGUCAAAAUACAAGAGGAUAAUCUGAAUCCCAUGGGUGGUCUGCAUGGUGGUUUCUCUGCAACUUUAGUCGAUUCAAUCUCUAGUUUUGGUUUGAUGACUCAUGAACCAUGGGCCACACCAAGUGUAUCUGUUAACAUAAAUCUUACUUAUCUGAAAGGUGCAAAAGUUGGUGAAGAAAUUACGAUUAUUUCGAAUGUCUUAAGAGCUGGAAAAACUAUGGCUUAUUUGGAUGUUGAACUGCGUAAUGCAGCUGAUCAACUGCUAGUGAAGGCUGAACAUACAAAAUUUAAAAUGGGUGCUUAACAUAGUGCAAGUUUUGAAAUUGCUAGUACAAUUGUUGCCAGCUUUAAGUAUUAAUAAAAGUUAAGUUUGUUUGUGUUCCAAUAAUGUACUUAUCAACUUUUUUUGAAAAAUACAUUGUUCAUUCAUUCAUUUUUAGUUUGCUGAAUGUCAAGAACUCAUUGAAAAAGAUUUGAAAUUAUUAAUGCAAAUAAACCUAUAGAUUUAAAUAUG